CGGCAAUUUUCCACGACAGUUGUUGAGGUCUGUCCCCACCCCGCCGCCCACCGUGCGGACGCGGCCGUGGCCAACCUCCGUCCGGUACAUGGCCUCGCCGGCGCCCCUCGUCGGAGGAGAGGCCUAAAGGCAACCGCAGCCAGGACGCCCGCGCCGUCGCUCUCUCAUCCUGCCGCCGCUCACAUUGUCCGCUCCAACCUGCACGACACCAACAUGUGAAUUUCUGCCUUUAUUUGAACUCUGAAGAUAGUCGUAACCACCUUUGGUUCUCCAGUCUGAAGAAUGUGAUGCCUGUGAAGCUACCAACGAAGGGGAGAUUGCUGGAGUGUAUGCAAAACACACUCCAUGAGCUGAGCUGACAAAGAAAGACCUCUUACAGUUAUUUGAUGAAGUGAUGACUGGCUUCUGCUUGGCCUAUGGUAGGGAUCGAUCAAGUGUGCUUUGGGAUGGGACCACUCCUGACUUGGCAACAUCAGGGAUGAUCAUUGGCAUGUUUGGAAUCUUUUUGACAGACGGUUCUGCAAAUGCCAAGAAGAGCUGCUAUUGCGGCGUUUUUUGAGGUUACGCCAAGGUAUGGUGCUACUACCAGAAGAAGGAUCUUGUCUGGCACCUUUCCGGAUCAAGGCGGCCGCGUCGAGGCGACUGAGAAAGUUCUUCAACGGGUGUAGCAGGUUCAGUGUCCGCGUCUCCAGGCAUUUUGCUGCCCCCUUGUUGGCUUCAUGCUGCUGAUUGACUGAUUUUAUGAGAUAUGCAGAAGCGCCAUGAUCCAUCUUACUUGCUGGCCUGUAUAUGAUUUUGCUGGUUUAGCUGGCCUUGCAGCACGCAGCAUCUCCUGUGCUGCAUGUGUCCUGUCUGCCCACUAGCCACCCGAUGGAUACUCCCUGAUAAACAUUAUUUUCAGAAGUGAACUUGGUCUAAAGCACAUGCAGGACUUUGUUCUAGCAUGUGGAGAAUCAAUCCACAGAAUCCUCGACUCUCUUACGGCACACCGUGAAAAUGACCCUGAUGAAUCUGCCAUUGGUGCCUGGCCUCUGCAAGUCAACAGCCCGUGGGGUGGAGGAGAUUAUCCGGAUAGAUCGGGGCGCACCAACCAAUCCGGAGCUUUUCUGUUGGACAGAUACUCUGCUAACAGAGAGAGAAGCCGUGAAACAAACCAACAAACUAGUACCACUACUACUCUGCUGCGAUUUGCGACGAGCGAAUCGCGGCUAGCAGGAGUUGGAAAGUGGCGGCCCAAGCCAUGGCGACGCCCUGCCGCCUCCGCCUCCUGCUCGUCCUGCUCGCCGCCGUCGCCGUCGCGGCGUCUCACCCGGCACACGAGUUCUGCGCGGCCGCGGGAGGAGGAGGAGGAGGCGCCGGCGGCUGCGGAGGAGGAGGGGACGGCACGAGGAUCCUGAUCAAGGGCGGGACGGUGGUGAACGCGCACCGGGCGGAGGAGGCAGACGUCUACAUCGAGGACGGCGUCGUCGUCGCCGUCCGGCCGAACAUCCCGGUUGGUGACGAUAAUGUCAGAGUGAUUGAUGCAACUGGAAAAUAUGUCAUGCCAGGUGGAAUUGACCCGCACACCCACCUGGAGAUGGAGUUCAUGGGAACUGUAACCAUAGAUGACUUCUAUAGUGGUCAUGCCGCAGCACUGGCUGGUGGGACGACAAUGCACAUCGACUUUGUCAUUCCAGUGAACGGGAACUUGACUGCGGGCUUGGAAUCCUACAAACACAAAGCAGAAAAGGCUGCUAUGGACUAUGGAUUUCACAUGGCCAUUACCAAGUGGAAUGAUGAGGUUUCGAGGGAAAUGGAAGUGAUGGUCAAGGAACAUGGGAUCAAUUCUUUCAAGUUCUUCAUGGCAUAUAAAGGUUCCUUGAUGGUGACGGACGACCUCCUCCUUCAAGGCUUACAGAAAUGCAAGUCUCUUGGUGCACUGGCUAUGGUUCAUGCAGAGAACGGGGAUGCUGUUGCUGAGGGACAGCAGCGGAUGAUUGACCUUGGGAUAACUGGUCCAGAAGGGCAUGCUCUCUCAAGACCUCCAGUUUUGGAAGGCGAGGCAACUUCACGGGCAAUUCGAUUAGCAAAAUUCGUCAAUACACCGUUGUAUGUUGUUCAUGUGAUGAGUACUGAUGCAAUGGAAGAGAUUGCCAAGGCUAAAAGAGAAGGUCAGAGAGUCAUCGGGGAACCUGUGGUAUCUGGGCUAGUCCUUGAUGAUUCUUGGCUUUGGGAUCCUGACUUUGCAACUGCUUCAAAGUAUGUGAUGAGUCCUCCAAUCCGGGAAGCAGGGCAUAAUAAAGCACUUCAAGCUGCUCUUUCAUCAGGAAUAUUACAGCUUGUGGGAACUGAUCAUUGCACCUUCAAUUCCACUCAGAAAGCUUUCGGUUCUGAUGAUUUCAGGAAGAUUCCCAAUGGCGUAAAUGGUAUUGAAGAAAGGAUGCAUAUAAUUUGGGAUAGCAUGGUGGAGACCGGCAAGAUCACAGUCACCGAUUAUGUGAGAGUGACAAGCACAGAAUGUGCCAAGAUCUUCAACAUAUACCCUCGCAAAGGAGCAAUCCUCAAGGGAUCUGAUGCAGACAUCAUCAUCCUGAACCCCAAGAGGAGCUUCGCGAUGGGCACGCGCACACACCAUUCGAGGUCCGACACGAACGUGUACGAGGGCAGAAAAGGAAAGGGAAUGGUAGAGGUGACCAUCUCAAGAGGGCGAGUGGUGUGGGAGGAUGGCAAUCUGAACGCCGUGCCCGGUGCAGGAAGAUACGUCAGGACACCGCCUUUCGGCUACUUCUUCGACGGCCUUGACAAGUCGGAUGCCGUCUACAGGGCUUCCCUCCGAGCACCUGUACGGCGUGGUGAGGCUGCUGCUGCUUAACUGUGUUCCACGGCUGGUCUCAUGGCAUCCAUGACUGUACCACUAUCCUAUCUGGUUCAAGAACAAAUUGCACCUAAAGGUGAACGCCGUCUGCUCCAUGUGUAGCUUCCUUGUACAUACAAUCUGCCUCGUUUAUAUCCAAAUUCGAAUAUAGGUGAAACUGUAAAGUUAAUUAUGCAUACAAGGCACUUCAUUUUAUUUUCUUGCGAACAUACAAAUCACAUUUCUGAUUGGGGAAA